AUGGGUAAUGCAACGAGCGUCAAUACAACAAGCAAGCCAAAGGGGAACCACACUGAGGUCACAAGUGCUCAGUCGACUCCGACAAAAGGCAGUCUGGCGGGCCCUUCCACUGCGCAGAACGGCACACAUGCUGGAAGUGCUGGCGAAGGCACCAGCAAGCAGGCCAGUGCCAGUGCUGGAGAAGCCAAUCAGUCAGGGGCAGUAACAAGCAAGAAGGGAGAGGAGAAGAAGGAUAGAAAGAUCGACUCUGCCUUCCCCAAGGUCCCCCUCAAGGUGGUACACGACAACGCAAACUCGUCGUUGAGCAGCAAAAAACACAGUUCGGCAAGCAAAGGAAAGGGCGACGGAGAUGGCUUGACGGUUCCAACUGCUUGGAACGCAGCAUCAUUGAUCCCACGUACCCGCUUCUGUGGAACCGUCGAGAACACCAAUAAAACGAAAGAUGAGAUGAGCCGGAAACUGACCAAAGAACGGCUGCAUGUGCUCAAGAAGCAAAGCAAAAAUGGCGUCUUGGCUGUCCAGAAGAAGAAUGUCGACGUCGUCUUCCACGUAACGCACGACGGCAACGAUGGCAAUGUUUCUGACAGUACAAUCUCAGAUCAGAUCAAGGAAAUGAACCAGGCCUACGCAAACUAUGGCUUCUCAUUCACGUUGACCAACACGACACGCAGCGACAACAAAACAUGGUUCCACGGUGUAACGUCAGGCAACAGUCUCGAGACGGACAUGAAGAAGGCUCUGCGAGUCGGUGACGCAAGUAUUCUCAAUCUCUAUACCGUAAAAUUUCCCGACAACCUUUUGGGCUUCUCCACCUUUCCCUUUGACUACGACGAUGCGCCCAACAGCGACGGUGUCGUGUUCCUCUACUCGACUAUGCCUGGCGGCGAUGCGCAGGGUUACAACCAGGGAAAGACGGCCGUGCACGAGGUCGGCCACUGGUUGGGACUCUACCACACGUUCCAGGGUGGAUGCGCUGACCCAGGCGAUUCUGUCGACGACACGCCGCCGCAAGCUGAGCCAACGAGUGGGUGUCCUACGAAGAAGGACACAUGCACCGGCGACAGCCUACCCGAUCCCAUCCACAACUACAUGGACUACAGCUCGGAUCCGUGCCUCAACCAGUUUACCCAAGGUCAGGCCGUGAGGAUGGAUGCCCUGACGUCACAUUAUCGCAAGCUCUGA